AUGAAUAAUUCACCACCGACCAACCGCCUUACGGUUUCCUCGCUCCUCUCCCCACCGGAAAUGGAGCGCUCCAACUCUUUCGGCUCUUCAAUGCCCUCGGUGGCUCUGCAAUAUCCUAAAGUCGGCCCCAAUUCCAACGCACAAUACCAGCUUCCGCAGCUCCCAAUGUUCAAGAUGCCUGCGUACGCUUCGCCGCCAAUCUCGCCCUUCGACACACAAAUCGAGAAGGAGAACAUGGACAACGCUAGCGAGCAGGGCACAUUGGACCCCCCUCUGUUCCGCAGGGAAUCAACUACUGGUGCUCUUGCAUCAGAUGUGCCAUUGUUCUUGUCUCAGUCGUCGGCUCCUCAGCCGUCGUCUCAAGAGACUAUCGCUCAGCACAUGCAAUCUACAGAGUACGCACAACUACCCAGUAAGCCAGCCGAAAAGGAUUACAAGCUCGUCGCCGAGUUCCAAGCCACAGUAUUUGAGCAAGCUUUCAAGAGCCCCAGUGCGUACAGAUCAUGGUGGGCACAGGAGCGCGAUAUCGAGAAACGCUACUACGGCAGGCCUGCUGUCCAGUCCGGGGGCAUUCACAAGCGAUCCUCACCAAAGAAGCUUGCUCCUGCACCGGCCCCGAGAUCACGUCAGCCCAAGAUUGCCCUGCCCAAGGUUGCACCUCGUCCUGCUCGUGAGCCAAAGCCUAAGCGCACACCCAAGGCUCAUGUCCUGAACUCCUUUGAGGAGCAUAUCGGCAGUGCGUCGCCCAAGGCUGUACGCCCCGCAACAACUCGCGAUGAUCUCGACUACAAUGCCAUUCCAGAUUACUCGCCACCACUCACGACGCUGAUUGGCCAUGAGAAGAAGCUGAAGGCUGAGUGGAAGGGCAACAAGCUGGAUCUUUCCAACGAUCCGGAUCGCCACCUCCUCCACGACGCUGAGAUGGAGCUCGCUUCCACGCUCCGCCUUAGCUGCGCCACCUACCUCUGCAGCAAGCGACGCGUCUUCCAGGCUCGCGUCAAUGCCUUGAAGAUCAAUAAAGAAUUCCGUAGGACUGACGCCCAGCAGGCCUGCAAAAUCGACGUCAACAAGGCCAGCAAGCUUUGGCAAGCGUACGAUAAGGUCAGUUGGUUCGACGCCACCUACUUCCGCCAGUACCUCUAG